CGAUGAAAGUUCUAAAUCCCGAGGAAGUAAACGCAAUAAUUAAGGAAUAUGGGAAAUUCAAAGUACUUGAUUUUACGAUUUCUAAGUAUUCCGACAGCUUGAUUGGUUAUUUAGGAGAACAUUUAAAGCUAACAGUCACAGUCGAAGCCAAUGGAGUUCAUUCUGAAUACAAGUUCUUUGUGAAGUGCAUGCCGAAAGACCAAUGGCUGGCAGAGUUUUUGAUAGAAUCGAAUUUCUUCCGUAAAGAAUACGUGAUGUUGAGUGACUUAUUCGUAAAAUUUGAUCAAAAUGGGGGGAGUAAGUGGCGUCCAAAAUCGCUCUUGAUAAAAAAUGACUUCUUUAUUUUUGAAGACGUGAAAGAACUAGGAUAUCAAAUGCUUCGUCAAGAAGGUGUUCUAAAUUACGAGGAAAUGAAUGCUGUAGUAAAAACGCUAGCUCAUUUUCACGCCCAGUCGUUCAUUUACGAAGAAAAAAAGUCUCGUGAACUGCACAGGCCUUACAGAAUUUGGGAAGAUUUUAGCGAACAUUUAAAAGAAUGCGAGGACCUCAGUUGGCGCAAUACCGGCAGAAACGCUGUCAUCGAAUUUCUCGAAGUUAAUUCCAAACGCAAAACCGAAUCUAACUUUUCUAAGAAUGUCAGGGAACUAAUAAUCGCUUUAUUUGACAAUGCUUUGAACUUAACGAAGCCUAGUACAAAAUACCGAAAUACUGUGAUCCAUCGUGAUCUCUGGUGUAACAAUAUACUAAUAAAAUCCGAUAAUGAGAAGUAUCACUCUCUCAUAGUUGACUUCCAGACAGUCUUGUAUGGUCCUCCAACAUUGGACUUAUCUUCACUUAUAUACUUUAACACUACGAAAGAAUUCAGAGACAAAUAUCUCGAUACUAUUCUUAAUGUCUACUACGAAGAACUAUCCAAAGAAGUGGAAGGUGUAGUUAACGUUGAUUUCUCAACGAUUUUAAGUAAACCUACGUUUAGGGAGUCUUAUGAUGAGGGUAUUCUAUUCGGGAUGACUCAAGCGGCAAUAAUAGUGCCUAUAAUAGCACUGUCUCUUAAGAAGAGGGAAGAAUUGUUCUGUGACCCGGAAUCUAUUGAUAGGAUUAACAACGUGUCGCGUAGUCAGGAGAUAUUGGACGUGGCUAAAGAAGACGCAGCCUAUAGCUCAAGAAUCACAGAGCUGUUUGAAGACCUCAUUGAAAGAUACUUCUAUCUUAUAAACUGAGAAGCCAGAAAAAUAGUUGUUUAAGGCAAGCAUGUUCUAGCGCCAGAGUGGCACAGCAUCAUACGAAUAUGAAUAUUCUCG